CGAAUCAAUUGUGUUGACAAACAAUAAGUUCACAACGCGUGACGAGUGAUUGACUGGGUGCCCUGGCUAAGUCGAUUUGGUGUUUUACAACAUUGCGGAAGGCAUCUCUGAGCAGACGGGUAUAGGAAUAUGCAAAAACUUAACUUACGUCGCUAAGAUGAAGAACAUCAAGACAAUAAUCUUUUGGUGCGCUGUUUUGAUGACAGGUGUGUCUUCAUUGGAACUGCCGCAUGACUUUAAUAAGAAAACAGAGGAUAAUGCUGAUUCGGAAACGGCUAGAGAUCGUCGCGGUGUCAUUGAAGAAGAGAAGUUUUACAACAUACAAGCAGAUCGACAGCAGAAUGUAAACCAACCUACACCCUGGCUGCCGGGCCCUUUGCUGCCCGAAGAAGAUCCAACAACAAAAAUAUCCUUAACCAAUGAAGUUAAAGAUGUGUUCCCGUCAUACCAGACUACUGAGAAAGCUACUGAUAGACCAACUGGCCGAGGAGCCAGAGCUUCUAACGAGAACUGGGUUAAACUACCGUAUCCUAACCGUGAAGAUUCACACAGAGACGAUAUCCUUACACCGCCACAGCCGUCAGGAGAACUUAUCAACUCUAGAAUGCCUAGAGUUAAUUUCGUUACUCAAAACAGGGGCAUAGAAGCAUCGGAGUCGCGUCACGAUAAGGAGAUAAUACAACGUGCAACAAGAAAAGAUGAUCUUAGAACUGAAUUCGUGAGGCCUGACGAGCAGGAUAGAAAUUUCAAACCGGUGUAUCCCAGACAAGCUGUUUACUAUCCUGAAGAAUCGAGACGGCCAUACUACGAGGACCGUUACAAUGAUGAUUUGUACAGGCGCGAUCCAUACUAUGAUACGUAUGAGCGACGGCGUUACCCUGGAUAUGGACCCAGGAUAGACAGAUACGAUGAGGUUUACGACAACUACGUGCCAAGGAAGCCGAAAAGGAUCAUCUAUUACGCUCAUCUCCCUGAAGUAGUUCGAACACCACCGAACGUUGAUUUAAGGUACAGAUACUCAGUAGAUCCAUAUAGACGUUAUGAUGAUGACGUCUAUGCGAGAAACGGAAGGUAUGACUACAGAUUUAGAAACAGAUACCCGUACGCACCUUUAAGGAAAGACGAAAGGAAUUUCAGGGAUUUAGCUCCCGCUGGAACCGAUCAUAGGGAAAAGAAAGUCGACGAAAAAGUAACGCCUGCUGCCGUGCUUCCUCAAAAAGAAGACAAACCGAAGAGUAACCAGGACAACCGGAAUGUUAACAGGAACGUGAUCAACAGUCACCAGUACCACGACAGUGCAGACUCGUACAGUAAGCCCACUCACAAGACCUUCCAAGAUGUCGUCAGACCUGCUGAAGGGUAUUUCAGAUUUGAGGAGCCGCUAUUCCAAAGCUCAGUGGAUGAUCCGUAUCAAAGAAAGUAUUAAGUGAUAUUGCGUGAAAAUUAUUCAGAAUGGUACUUAAUUAAUGGCGCAUCUUUCAAUUUAAGCUUUAUUUGUAGUGACCCAAAACGUGAAAAUUUCUCGAGCUAAUUGUUUAAGUUGUCGUCACCAAUAAAUGUAACAAAGGA